AUGGAAAGUUGAUCAGUUGAUCAAGUCUGCAACUGAUUGCAGCAGAAAAACUUCGAGGACUUGAUUCCUAAACUAUGUGCUCAGAGAGGGCCUCACAUAAUGUCUCCAUUACAACAUGGCUCUCUUUGUGACUCUUUUCUUCCUUGCUUGCUUCCCCUCAUGUACACGGAAGACACCUUGGUUUCCCAAGCAAGUUACAAGGCACUGCAGUGGACACAUUCAUAUAUCCUUCCUGCAUUUCUUUAUAAUGUGAAAUGCAUGUUAGCAGAGAAUAUGCCUGACCACAGUUUGAGAAUCAGGAUAAUUGAAUUCCUGGAAGCUGACAUGACAAAGAACCUUGAAGGACUGCUGUAAAUAUAUCCUACUACGCAGCAGUAUAAUGAUGUUGUCAAUGCAUUGCUCCAGGCAUACCCUUUUCUAGAUGAGAAUCGCAGUAGCUUUCUAAACUGGCUCUACGAUAAUGUAACAUAA